AUGAAAAUAAUAUUUUUAAUUCUUCUUUUUCUAUGUCUAGUAAAUGGGCAGGACCUUUGUUUGAAAACUCAAAUUCAACGAGGUGCUUCUUAUGGUUCUCUAAAAGGAUGUUAUGAGUUAAAGGAAAAUUCCAAUGAAACUUUUUUUGGACUUAGUUUGUUAAAUCGUCCAGGUCUAAGUUUUUCUAAUCCUUAUAAAGAUGAGUUUACGGAUGAAGAUUUGUAUCCUGCCUUGAUGGAUCCCAUAUCAUGUACUAUCCAUUGUGGUGACUACUUUUUUAAAUAUGCAGCUCUCAAAAACGGAAAUGAAUGUUAUUGUGGAAACGAUACUAUUGAGUCAUCGUAUAAUCAAAUAAACAAUACAUUUUGUAAUAAAACUUGUGUAGGAUGUCUUGAUUAUAAUUGUUCGACUAAUGACAAGUGUGGUGGGGAAACUGUUUACACAGUUUAUGAUGUAAAGAUUCCGGAUAACAAAGUGCCAACAGACGGGGGAAAUAUAUAUAUAGAAGAAAAACUUGAAAUAAUUAGUAAUCUCAAAAAUAGAAAUAAUCCUCGAUAUGAACCUCGCUUUUUAAACUGUAUUAAAGAUAGUUCUGAUUGUUAUAAGAGGAUAUUAAAUAGUACUGAAGUGUACGAGACGGGAGUUGAUACAAUUGAUAAGUGCAUAAAGUACUGUAAUAGCAAAGGUAUCUUUGGAUAUGCAGGAUUAGAAGCAGGAAAUCAAUGUUUUUGCGGUAAUGAUUUUACUUCCAAAGAUAUUAAUUUAGAUCUAGAACAUUGCAGCUGUAGCUGCGUGGGUAAUAGAUCACAAAUAUGUGGAGGCUUUUUUGCGCUUAGCGUAUAUAAUGCUUCCAAGGUUGAUAUUAAAAAUGAGGGUGAUAACUCAACUGGUUCAUCCAAAACAAAAAAAAUAAUUGGUAUAACAGUAGGAUUAGUUGUAGGUCUAAUAGUCAUUGGUGUGGUGAUAGUAUAUAUUCGGAAAUGGAAAGUGGAGGGUGUAGAAAAGCCGAUUGUGAUCGAAAGGAAUAUGGAAGAAGAUGGGUCGAUUAAGAGAUUCUGUUGCAAAUAA